GACGUUUGACGCACUUGGCUUUGACUUUUGACCUUGCACCGCCGGCCGAGCCCACACGUCGCCCGGCCGGCCGACGUGACGUACGAGUGUGGCCUGUUCCCAAGCAUGCGGCCAGCCUGCGACACUGCUGCGCGUUUUGGAUUGUUGUUAAGAAGGAAACGGGGACUAAAAAGAGAGAGAGAGAGAGAGAGAGAGAGAGAGAGAGAGAGAGAGAGAGAGAGUAUCGACAUUGCAUGCCUAACGCAGCAGCACAUGCGAUGCGCCGACGUUGCUGUCGUGCUCUACCUACUUCCCUUCACUUCGCUUUUGCUUUACUUGCUGCAUACGGCCGGCGGGACCAGCAUCUUGGUCGACCGCCGCUCUUUUCAGGAACACGCCCCUUGCACACCACACACACACACUACACGGCACACUAGCCUUCACGAUGCAUAUGUAUGCACGUACGGGGCGGUUUGGAAUAAAAAUAACAUUCUUCAGGGGCUUCAAAGAAUAAAAAUAAUUUUUUUUUAUUUUGAUUCUAAGAGAGAGGAUUCGUACGCAAUGUCGUUGCUGCGCCUCCACUUGUUGGCCUUUUAGGGAGGAAGAGCUUAUCUAGGCUCAUCAGUUAAUAGCGCUGCCUAGCUGCACAGCCUAUCUGAUAUCCGGCCGUAGUACUCCGUAGCCACCUAGGUAAUCACAGGAAAUACAAAGACGAAUGGACAGCUGACAGCUCGACA